AUGACCCACAAGGAGACUCAGAUGUUUGAAGACCAACUUGCGCUAAUACACUGCCUUCCUCAAUUAAAUAACCUUCGUGUGGAUAAAAAACUCACCGAUUUGACCAUUGAGUUACAAGACAGCGUGAAGGUGCAUGCACACAGGAUUGUCUUGGCUUCCCGGGUGCCCUCACUGUGUGAUGGGCUGUGCGAAUCGCCUACGAAAGGCCAGGCUGUGGUGCUCAAGUGGCCAACGGUUUCAUCAGAAAUCGCGACGACCUUCAUCGAUUAUAUAUACACAGGUCAGCUAGAAGUCCACGAAGCGAAUGUGGCUGGGCUGAUUGUGCUGUCACAACAGCUCGUAAUGCCUCACAUGGAAAAAUGGGUUGUAAGUUUUAUGGCCGCGAGGUUAAAUUCUGAAAACGUUUCACAUAACUGGGAACUGGCACAGUUGCUGAAAAGUGACCAGUUGAAGAACGUCUGCCUACAACAUAUCAAGGCCACCUUUGAGGCAACAGGCGCCAGUGAUUGUUUUAUACAGCUGCCAUCUGAUGCUGUCCUGUCCCUGUUGCGGGCAGACGACCUUCAGGUAGACAGCGAAGAAAGUAUCUUCGAGGCAAUUGGACGAUGGGUUAGUCCACUCGGCGAAGUGGAUGAAACACGAGUGGUGCACGCGGCAGCUAUGAUGAAGGAAAUGCGGUGGUAUCAAGUUGACACCGACUUUCGAUACAGAGUAAAAGAUGAUGAUGAAGCCUUUUGGAAUAAAAAUUUUAAAUGCUCACGACUUCUAGGUCGAAUCACCAAGUGGAUUGACGCUCCAUCCUCGAGGGGUGAUAGACAGUGUCCAUUUAAUGAGAGGCCCAGAGGGCAAAUAGGUGGCUCAGCGGACAGUGAGUGUCUAUUGAAUGCGGAACACCACAAUCCACUGGAGGACAUCUGUCUGCUUGGUAAGUCCCAAAACGGAGAGGAAUGUUUGCUGAGCUGGUACGAUGCAGACACAAACACGACACAGAAACUAACAGACGUAACGGACGAAUUGAACGCGGCCUUUGUGGCCAUUGAGGAUUGCAUCUUUGUAAUUGGAGGAAACAAGCAAAAGGACAACUAUUUGAACCUUAGGAAAUUUGACACGAAGGAACGCGGAUGGACAAAAUGUGCGCCGCUUCGCCACUGGAAGACGGACCAUACAGCAGUCGCCGUCGCAGUUGGCGGAGAAGCCGUCAUCUGUGUUUGUGGAGGCACAUACUGGAGCAACGAAUGUAUGCUCUAUUCUCCGCCAGAAGACAAGUGA